AUGGCAGAAGUUGGAAUGGGAAAAGAAGUUGUUGAGUUGGUGAAGACAGAUACAUCUAAUGAAAGGGUUCACGUGGCUCCCAAGAUAGCUGCAGAGGAGGUUUAUGAGGUCAAAGAAUGCACUGAGGAGGAUUCUCUCUCUCAGAGUCAUAAAUCUCCUAAUGUAAUCACGGAGGAGAAGCCGUUGCAACCUAAUAACAAGAAGGAUUUGGAUGAAGAAGAUGACUGUUCUCUUGCCUCUUCCGCUGCAACGUCGCUGAGGUAUGGUAAAUCUAAAGUAACUCAUGGAACCGCUCCAAGAUUCAGGAGUGCUCAACGCGCUGAGAAACGCAAGGAGUAUUACCAAAAGCUUGAAGAGAAACACCAAGCACUUGAAGCUGAAAAGAACGAGCUUGAACAAAGGCAAAAGGCAAGAAACCGAUAUAUAGAAGAGCAAGAAGCAGCAAUUAAACAGCAUAGAAAAAACCUCAAGUUUAAGGCUAAUCCCGUUCCUAACUUCUAUUACCAAGGACCUCCCGUAAAACCAGAGCUUAAAAAGUUUCCUUUGACGCGUCCUAAGUCGCCGAAACUCAAUAUGUCUCGGAGAAAGAGUUGUGGCGAUGCGGUUAACUCUUCCGGUGAAGAUAAUAAGAAGCCAGUGUCUUCACAGAACCGACACAGCGUCGGUAAAAUAGGAUUGAAGCCUGUGAGUAUGAAUGAGUGCUCUCAAGAAGCUUCCCUGGAGGAAGAAGCUCUCUAA